AUGGCGCUGCCACCACUGCGGCUCCCACCACGUGGCUCCUGGCCCCCGCCGGCGCCCCAGUUUCUUCAGACUUUUGUGCUCCCCGAAACCUUCUACCCCCAAGGUAGGGACCGACCCCAACCCCUGCAGCCCGGGGACGCUCUUGGAGGCAAGAGCGGAGGUGACCACCGCCGGCCAUCACUCCCAUCUCUUUCAGGCUCAGCCACCCUGUUCCAAGUGCCCGGGCAGGAGCAGCCCUUCCCUGCAGCCUGGGUGCCCCAGGCACCCCCAGCAGGUCUGCAGAGGGCUCCAUGUGGCUGCUUCUUCGACCCCCGGGUCUUCCACAUCCAGUGGACCGCACCCUACAAAAAUCAGGGGACAGCGGUGGCCCCAGCCCCGCCGGUGCUGCUGACCUCCAUCCCCAGCUACCAGCCCAUCGAGGGGCAGUCUGCACAGAUCAACAUCUCCAGCACAGCCACCCCCGCGGAGGCAUCCCUGGGCAGCGACGUCCCCCCCAGCCCCUGCGCUGCCCCCCACAACCAAGCCCUCGAGGACCUGGCAGACAACCUCGCAGUGUCCGAGGAGAUGCUUCUUGAAGAGGCCCUAAGGCUCUUUGGUUGCUCCCUGGAUGCGAUGGGGGUCAGCCAGGACGAUCCCAGCAGCGGCCCCAUGCCUGGGGACCCCGGUGACACCAGUGGAGAGGGGACAGCAGUGGCCCCAGCCCUUCCAGUGCUGCUGACGUCCAUCCCCAGCUUUGAGCCCAUCGAGGGGCAGUCUGCACAGAUCAACAUCUCCAGCACGGCCACCCCCGCGGAGGCACCCCUGGGCAGCGACGUCCCCCCCAGCCCCUGCGCUGCCCCCCACAACCAAGCCCUCGAGGACCCGGCACACAACCUUGCACUGCUCAAGGAGGUGCCUCUCAAAGAGGCCCUAACGCUCUUUGAUUGCUCCCUGGAUGCGGUGGGGGUCAGCCAGGACGAUCCCAGCAGCGGCCCCAUGCCUGGGCACCCUGAUGACACCGGCACAGCGAUCCCCCCCUGCGACUUCAGCUCGCUCUCACUGCCCAAGGAGCUGCUCACCCCUGACUACAGCAUCCCCGAGACCACCGACACCACCGUGAGCUUAGAAGAAUUCAAUGCCAUCGGGAUGGAGCCCCAGGAGCCGGGGGGGGAUGCGGGGAUGGACCUGCCACCGUCCCAGCCUGCCCCGGCAGAGAAGCGGGGGAAGAAGUGGGCGAAGAGCACCCUGCCAAAGCCACCCAGCAAGCGCAGGGCUCUCGCAGCCAGCAUGGGGGUGGCAGAGGGGGAUUAG